GUCCCCGUGGGUGCAGCCCCUCAGGGCAGUGCAGGACUUUGGGGUCCCCGUGUGUGAGCCCUUAGAGGGGAGUGCAGGAUUUUGGGGUCCCAUUGGGUGCAGCCCCUGUAGGGCAGUGCAGGAUUUUGGGGUCCCCUUGGGUGCAGUUCUUGGAGGGGAGUGCAGGAUUUUGGGGAUCACCUUGGGUGCAAGGCAGUGCAGAAUUUUGGGGUCCCCUUGGGUGCAGCCGCUGCAGGGCAGGGCAGGAUUUUGGGGUCCCCUUGGGUGCAGCGGAGUGCAGGAUUUUGGGGUCCCCACGGGUGCAGCCCCUUGAGGGCGGUGCAGGAUUUUGGGGUCCCCUUGAGUGAAGGGCAGUGCAGAAUUUUGGGAUCCCUGCCCUUAGAGGGGAGUGCAGGAUUUUGGGGGGUCCCUUUGAGUGCAGCCCCUUGAGGGCGGUGCAGGAUUUUGGGGGGUCCCUGGGAGUGCAGCCCCUAGAAGGGAGUGCAGAAUUUUGGGGGGUUCCCUUGGGUGCAGAGCAGUGCAGGAUUUUGGGGUCCCCUUGAUCGCAGCCCUUAGAAGGGAGUGCAAGAUUUUGGGGUCCCCGUGGGUGCAGCCCCUUGAGGGCAGUGCAGGAUUUUGGGGUCCCCGUGGGUGCAGCCCCUUGAGGGCGGUGCAGGAUUUUGGGGUCCCCUUGGGUGCAGCCUCUGUAGGGGAGUGCAAGUUUUGGGGUCCCCUUGGGUGCAGCCUUUGGGGUUGCUCUGUAGAACUCGGGGCCCCCCGGGGGUGUCACCUCUCAGGGGUUUUUGGGGUGCCCCCGAAGUGUUCCCUUUGAGGGGGGGGUGUUGCUGGGUUUUGGGGUUCAUUCGCCUGAGCUAGCAGGGUUUGGAGGUCCCCAAAUUAAUCACUGCAGGAGAGGGUCCUCAAGAGGUUUGGGGGGGCUUUGGUACCCCCAGAAAUCGGGGAGGUGUUGGGGUGCCCCAAGGAGCCCCUGGCUUGGGGGUGACUCUGAGGAACCCCAUUUUUGGGGUGACACUGAAGACUCCGUUUUGGGGUGACCCUGAGCCCCAUCAGUUUGGAGGUGACCCCAAGACCCGCUGGUUUUGGGGGUGACCCCUGCAACCCCCACAUUUGGGAGUGCCCCAAACCCCGCUUUUGCCGUAUCCCCGAGACACCCCCAUUUCUGAGUACCCCCUGCCUCACCCCCGUUUUUGGGGUGACCCUGAGGACCCCCCCGUUUUUGGGGGUGACCCGGUGGCCGUUUCGGGGUGCCGGGGCCAUGGCGUGGGCGCUGAAGCUGCCGCUGGCGGACGAGGUGAUCGAGUCGGGGCUGGUGCAGGAUUUCGACGCCAGCCUCUCGGGCAUCGGGCAGGAGCUGGGUGCUGGCGCCUACAGCAUGAGCGACGUCCUGGCCCUGCCCAUCUUCAAGCAGGAGGAGUCCAGCCUGCCCCCCGAGAGCCAGGACAAGCUGCUGCCCUUCCAGUACGUGCUGUGCGCCGCCACCUCGCCCGCCGUCAAGCUGCACGAUGAGACCCUCACCUACCUCAACCAAGGUCAAUCCUAUGAGAUCCGGAUGUUGGACAACAGGAAACUCGGGGAGCUGCCCGAGAUCAACGGGAAGCUGGUCAAGAGCAUCUUCCGGGUGGUUUUCCACGACCGGCGGCUGCAGUACACGGAGCACCAGCAGCUGGAGGGCUGGAGGUGGAACAGACCUGGCGACAGGAUCCUGGACAUAGAUAUCCCGAUGUCCGUGGGCAUCAUCGACCCCCGCGCGAACCCGACCCAGCUCAACACCGUGGAGUUCCUGUGGGACCCCUCCAAGAGGACCUCGGUCUUCAUCCAGGUGCACUGCAUCAGCACGGAGUUCACGCUGCGCAAGCACGGCGGCGAGAAGGGCGUUCCCUUCCGCGUGCAGAUCGACACCUUCCGCGAGAACGAGAGCGGCGAGUACACCGAGCACCUGCACUCCGCCAGCUGCCAGAUCAAGGUGUUCAAGCCCAAAGGAGCGGACCGGAAGCAGAAGACGGACCGGGAGAAGAUGGAGAAGCGAACGCCGCACGAGAAGGAGAAGUACCAGCCCUCAUACGAGACCACCAUCCUGACCGAGUGCUCGCCCUGGCCCGAGGUCACCUACGUGCCCAACGCGCCCUCGCCCGGCUUCAACAGCUCCCACAGCAGCUUCUCCAUCGGGGACGGCAGCGGGUCCCCGAGCCACCAGCCCGACCCCCCCGCGCCCCUGGCUGACACGCUGCUGCCCACCUGGAGCCCGCAGGAGGCUCAGCAGUGGCUGCACCGCAACCGCUUCUCCACCUUCUCACGGCUCUUCAGGAACUUCUCAGGGGCAGAUCUGCUGAAGCUGACACGGGAGGAUGUGAUCCAGAUCUGUGGCCCCGCUGACGGCAUCCGGCUCUUCAACGCCCUCAAGGGCAGGAUGGUGCGGCCCCGCCUGACCAUCUACGUGUGCCAGGAGUCGCAGCAGGUGAGGGAGCCCCAGCACGAGCACGAGGACGGCGACGGAGGCAGCGGCACCUUCUUUGUGUACCACGCCGUGUACCUGGAGGAGCUGACGGCGGCCGAGCUGGCAGAGAAGCUGGCACAGCUGUUCCGGGUGCCCGCCCAGCACAUCCAGCACAUCUACAAACAGGGCCCCACGGGCAUCCACGUGCUGGUCAGCGACCAGAUGAUCCAGAACUUCCAGGAUGAAUCCUGCUUCGUCCUGGACACCCUGAAAGCCGAGACCAAUGACAGCUACCACAUCAUCCUGAAAUAGGGGCAGCUGAGGGACAGGUGAGGAGCACCUGCGGCCUCUCAGCACACCUGGACACCCUCCACGAGGACACAGCAGAGAUUUGGGAACCCCAGGUGUGCUCACCUGGCCAUCCCCCCUCGCAAUGAACUCCUGGACACCUUCUGGAGAGCUCCCAGGUGUGGUCAUCUGGCCCACCACCCUCCAAAGGAACACCUGGAGAGCCCCCAGGUGUGCUCACCUGGCCACCACCCUCCAAAGGAACACCUAGAGAGCCCGCAGGUGUGGUCACCUGGCCACCCCUCCCUCAAAAAGAACACCUGGAAAGCCUC